GAGAGCGCAGUAGUACGCAUGGGCGUGUUGGAGAUAGUAGGGUAGGGCUGGAGAGCGCUGGAUGCUCUUAACGUGCGCACAUGUAGAGCACUUGAUGUGCAGAGGAGAUCUUUCUCUCUCUGGUGAUGAACCGCAGCUGACCACCCGAAUCUCCAGACCAGUUUUAAGCGACUUUCCCCCGACUUUAACCCCAUUCAAGUUUCUUGAGUUAUAGGGCGGCUCUUCAUUAAUACCCUGGCCUUGUUAACUCCGGGUUGGUCCGAGCGGGACCGUGAAAGCCUCCGCGGGGCCAGGCUGCGCGAGCCGUGGAACUGCCCCGAGCCGCGCGCGCUCAUGGAGGGAGACAUCAUGGACAAACUCGAGGACAUGGCUUCGGUCUACGAGUUCGACCCGCUGACGGGGAACAUCCCCGCCACCAAAGUGGAGAUCACAGUUUCGUGCAGGAAUCUUUUAGACAGAGACACGUUCUCCAAAUCUGAUCCACUGUGCGUCAUGUACACUCAGGGUGUGGAGACCAAGCAGUGGAGAGAGUUUGGAAGAACGGAGGUGAUUGACAACACGCUAAAUCCGGACUUUGUCAGGAAGUACAUAUUGGACUACUUCUUUGAGGAGAAGCAGAACCUGCGCUUUGAUUUAUAUGAUGUUGAUUCUAAAAGUCCUGAUCUUUCCAAACAUAAGCCCCUUGAACUAUACGACUUUCUUGGCCAGAUGUUCUGCACACUGGGUGAAAUUGUGGGGUCGCCGGCCAGCAGACUAGAGAAACCUCUUGGGGGCAUAGCGGGGAAAAACUGCGGCACUAUCAUCUUGUCUGCUGAGGAACUGGGGAACUGCAGGGACAAUGCAACCAUGCAGUUCUGUGCCAACAAAUUGGACAAGAAGGACUUUUUCGGGAAAUCUGAUCCCUUCAUGGUCUUUUACAGAAGCAACGAAGACGGCACGUAUUUUACGAUCUGCCAUAAGACAGAGGUGGUGAAGAACACCCUCAACCCUGUUUGGCAGCCGUUCACCAUUCCAGUCAGAGCUCUCUGUAAUGGAGACUAUGACAGAGCAAUCAAAGUGGAAGUGUAUGACUGGGACCGUGACGGCAGCCACGAUUUCAUCGGUGAGUUCACCACCAGCUACAGAGAGUUAGCCCGAGGUCAGAGCCAGUUCAACGUUUAUGAGGUGGUGAAUCCAAAGAAGAAGAUGAAGAAGAAGAAAUAUGUAAAUUCAGGAACGGUGACACUGCUGUCGUUCUCGGUGGAAUCAGAGUCGACUUUCCUCGAUUACAUCAAAGGAGGGACCCAGAUCAAUUUCACUGUGGCCAUUGAUUUCACCGCCUCUAACGGAAACCCAUCCCAGUCCACAUCUCUCCAUUACAUGAAUCCCUACCAGAUGAAUGCCUACGCCCUGGCACUGAAGGCUGUGGGGGAAAUCAUCCAGGACUAUGACAGUGACAAGAUGUUCCCUGCACUGGGAUUUGGAGCCAAGCUGCCCCCCGAUGGACACGUGUCUCAUGAGUUCCCCCUAAAUGGCAAUAUUGAAAAUCCCUACUGUAAUGGUAUUGAGGGGAUAUUAGAGGCAUACCAUCAGAGUCUAAAGACCGUCCAACUAUACGGACCUACUAACUUUGCCCCUGUUGUAAAUCAUGUGGCCAGAUACGCAGCUGCUGUCCAGGAUGGCUCGCAAUAUUUUGUGCUCCUCAUCAUCACAGAUGGGGUUAUAUCAGAUAUGUCACAGACCAAAGAGGCCAUCGUGAAUGCUGCCAAGCUUCCCAUGUCCAUCAUUAUUGUUGGGGUUGGACAGGCUGAAUUUGAUGCUAUGAUUGAGUUGGAUGGUGAUGACAUCAGGAUUUCCUCAAGAGGAAAAUUAGCAGAGCGAGACAUUGUCCAGUUUGUGCCGUUCCGGGAUUACAUGGACCGGACGGGAAACCACGUGUUGAGUAUGGCACGACUGGCCAAAGACGUUCUGGCUGAGAUUCCUGACCAGUUCAUUUCUUACAUGAAGAGCCGGGGAAUCAAACCCAAUCCAUCGCCGCCUCCGUACACACCUCCAGGACACACACACCACACACAGAUCUGAGCACACGCUCCCAAACCUGCUUUAACACAACAGGUCCUCUCCCUGGAUUCACGGGGUAGCUGUACCGGAGCUUUUAGGGUUUAGCUCCCAGUGUCACCGUGUGUUUGAACUCUCCGAGACACUUUGAGGUACAGUGGUGUUUGUUCGUGCCAUUUACAUUUUCUGCCCAUUUGUUUUUGUCCUCAGAAGGACAGUGUGGUUCAAGAAUCUGACCCAAGGGCAGCGUUUUUGUUCGUUUUGUUAAAAAAUAUCUAUAUCUUGGCCUGUGACUGUUUCUUAUUUUGUGGAUCAGUUGACAAGAGAAUGAAGAGCAGGAGGAGAAGGAUGUUUGUGGUUUCAACUUGUGCCUGUCUGUGAUUGUCUCAGUGAACCAGGACAAGUGUGCCCUAAUCUGACAUUUGACCUUACUCCACAUUGGUAUACUAGAGUGUGUGCUUUACGGUGACGUUUUUAGAUUCUUAUCGCUUUCAUUUCGUAUCAGGUCAGGCCUGUGUCAGUUUGGGUUUAUUACGUUAAGCAUUGCUUGUGAAAUUUUUUUUAUUUUUAUUUUUAUUCUCUGUCCAUAUCCAUUAUGGUUUAGGAAAGCAUGCAUAUGUGAGAAAUGAAUAAUUUUGUUCCUAUCCUUGAAUGGUGUGAUGAGAGAUUAACUAUUUUCCCACAGUUUCACAUGGCACCUGCCUAAAAUAACUGUAGAAGCACAACUUGCAUCAAUAAUCAGCAUUAUUCUUGCUCAUGCGCUUCUCUAGGAAUGCAUAGUGGCCAUUUUGGUCAACCAUGCGUCAGUGCAGCAAAACAGAUAUGGGUCCUCUCUCCCUCUCGGGCAGAAAUGAGGCCUGGAGUGUGCUCAGAAUGGUGUCACCCACUCAACCGUAGUUCAUUCACCAAUUCAAUUUUGUCAAGAGGCUUUUAAUCAAAUAAGAGUGCCUGAUGUAUCUGUACUCUGCCAGUACAGGGCUGAAUGGAGGAGCUUGUGUAAUAGAGCACAUUACAAUGCUGUCUGGGUAUAAUAACCAUGAGCAUUUAGCCCUGUGACUGUGUAUGAGGCGUUCAUUAUCUCCAGCUGUAUUUCUGACCAACCCAUAAGGCUUCAGGAGCAUCAUAAGGAAUAGAAAAUCAAUGCAUUACAGUCUUUUCAUCCCCCAGAUGUCAUUAAUGCAUUUUAUUCUGUCUAUUUUUUUUUUAAGUUUCCAAUUUAAGUGGAAUUGAUUGAUCGAUUUGUAUUUACUGCACACAAUAUUAUUGUUUUUUUAAUUUAAAAUUUUCAUGAUUUAAGUACAUUUUUCAAUUUAUUUUAAAACAAUCAGAUUUUUACACACCAUAUAUAAUACAUUAAUUAUUCACUGUUUUUCUCAUGUCAUUGAUGUGUUUUAUUCUGUAUAUUUGUGUUUUAAAAUCCUUUUAUUUAUUAUUUUGAUGUUUAUUAUUAUCAUUAUUAUUAUUAUUAUUUCAGGUCAGUUGAUUUCCGUUUAAUUGAUUUGUGUUGCACACAGUAUAUAUUUUUUAAUACAUUAUCUGAUUUUCAUACACCAUAUACCACAUUAAUAAAAAUUUGCUUUUCCUUUUCCCUCAGAUGUCAUUAAUUAUAUUCUUUCUAUUUGUGUGUAUCCACCUAAUUUUAAAAUUCUAAAUAAUGUUUUUCCCCCCAGAUUUAAAUCUGUUGAUUUUUUUAGGUUGAAUUGAUACACACAAUUAUUGUUUUUUUCUUUUUUGGUUCUAUGUUUUCACUGUUUAAGUAAAUUAUUAAAUAAAAAUUAGGAAUUUUACACACCGUAUGCCACAUUAAUAAAUAUCCUGCCCUCAAGAUAAUCAUUGGAAAGAAUGCUGCUUUUACACAAAGACAAAAACCUUGCUGAUAAACCUUUAUCCCAAAUGAUUCCAUGUAAAUGCCAGUGAGAUCAUUAAAACAAGUUUAACUAUGCAUAUCAUCAAAUGAUUUUAAUAUGUAGAGGCUUGGUACACUUUCAUUACAGAAAUCAAUCCAAGGUUGGGAAUGUUUUCUAAAUCUAGCAUUUUAGGAUAUUUUAAUGCAACACUGAUACUUUGUAUUGCAAAACUGUUUCAUACUUAACACUGAGUCUAACUGCUUCAUUUUGUUUGGAAAAUCAACAAAACGUUACAACCGGAAUUACUCACAAUCAAAAGUGUCAGUGUUUACACUGCUGCAGUUUCCCCAAAGAGGGUCCAUAGAUCAUCUUGGGAGCCAUUGAUGUCGGAUGAAUAGGAUGUUUAUCUAAACCAGGCACAGUUUCGACAGUAAUUGUAUUCGUCCAUUUCAAUGCCUUCAAAUUAAUGACCUUUUUUUCAGUAGCAACCCUACACUAUUCAAGCUGUUCAUCUGUUCAUCAGUUCUUUGUUAUUUGCGAAGUCAGUGACAUCAAUACCUUUUAACAGGCAGGGAUGCCACUGUGCAUGUAAUAUCUGAUCAAAAGCUUGGAUCUAACGAAUUAGCACAGAGGAGAUUUGCCCUGUGUGUUUAUCUAGAAAAGCACACAAAGGAGGUUCAAGCUUUUUGCAUAUUCCAUAGAGAGAAAUCUGACAGUUAAGUAAACCUCAUCACUGCUGUCCAAAGCUAACACUUGUGAAGAACUAGGGCAUAUUUACAGUGCACUUCAUGUAGACGCUCAGAAAAAUAAAGUUACAGAAGUUGUCACUUGGGCGUUGCCUUUUCAAAAGGUAUAAAUAUGUACACUUUAGGUACUGAUAAAUACUUUAAGGUACCAGUGUGCCCCCUUAAGGAGUAAACAAGGUACAAAUGUACUGGUCCAGUGUUGGAAUUGUGUCAAAGCUCUUGGGGAGUCCCCCUUACCGCUCAAAAACUCAGAUGUUUCAGCGAUGACUAAUGUGGAUGCCUCUGAUUGGCCAUUGUGUUCAUAAACUCAUAAUUGUGUGUAAUUGGUUAUAAUGCACAAUGCUGUAACCCCCCCACCCCCAAAGUUAAUUUUUAUGGGCUUUAUGGGAGGGUCCCUUAAGGCUUAUGGGAGGUCCGGGAAACCCAGCCCGCCCUCAAUUCGAACACUGUACUGGCCCCAGUGACAGCUUUUGUAGCUUUUCUGAGAUAUUUUGAUGAUUGCAUCGCUAUCCAUUUGAGUAUCAGACUUCAUUUGGCCAUAUAAAUGUUUCUCCACAACACACACGUCCACAUGUAUUAUUCCUGCACUAUAUACAAAAAAUUGGAUGCACAUAAUGUGGCUCAUGUUGAACUGAAAAUGGUGGGGGUGAUUCUUUGAAAAAUUGCUUGUACAAAACCCAACAGCUUUGUGAUCAGCUUUAAAUUUGAACUGUAUCCUGAAUUACUGUAAAUGCUGCCUGUUCACACAGAACACACGUCUUUGCGUUUAAAAAGAUCUUGCAGCAUGUUUUUAAAAGCUGAAUUUCUUUUAACUUCACAAGAAUUUUUAAAAACGUGGCACAAUGGUCAAAUAUGUCCAUCUAACCAGUGCAUGUUUACAUUGAAACAACUACAAAACAGUGUUUUUAAAGCAAAAAAAUACACUCAACGCCGCAGUGGUGAAUGGGAAUUGAGAAUAUACUGGUAUGAUGCUUUGUUUUCAAGCAUGGACCUACAAAAGUUUACAGUGUACUGUUUUUCAUGAGCAAACCUCAUGUCUCUGAACCAUUAAGGGAGCACUUUACUGCAAUGUCAUAGGCCUGCUUUAAAUAAGCAUCUGAUUUUUUUUCCCCCUUUCUUGAGAUGAUGAAAAUCUGUUUAGUUUUGUUCUUGCCUGGAAUGUACGAUAAGCCAUUAAAUACAGUCCUCAUCAAAGAAAAUGACCAGCGUCCACGAGGACUGAAUCACUUCAUAAGACUGUGCAGAGGAUGUGUGUAUACCUGUAUUACAGGAAGUGUUUGACACAGGACCUGUAACACAUACAUUGAGUGCUGUUCACAUGUAACAUACUGUAGAGACUGUUUUUAAUUGGAAUACUUGUGCAUGUAUGGCCUGAAGUUUAGUGGACUGAUUGGGAUUGUUUUCUCUUGCUAUUUCUGUAAUGUUGGGAUGUU